AUGGGGCCUCCGCGGGGCAGCAGGACAUUGCCUUCUGCCGUCGCUACGGCCUUCGUCGCCGCGGCGGUGGUGGCCAUCAUCAUCUGGUCCGCAGCCGCUGCUGAAGUGGUCGAGGAGAGGCUGACGGUGCCCAUGACGAUCGUCACCGGCGCCGCGUCGAGGGUGUGCCUCGACGGGAGCCCGCCGGCGUACCACCUGCACCGCGGCUCCGGCGCAGGCUCGCGGAACUGGCUGCUCCAGUUCGAGGGCAGCGGCUGGUGCAACGACGUGCGGUCGUGCGCGGAGAGGGCCCGGACGCGCCGAGGAUCCACCCGGCUCAUGGCCAAGGUCGAGUUCUUCUCCGGCAUCCUCAGCAACCGUGCGGCCAUGAAUCCAGACUUUUACAACUGGAACCGUGUGAAACUGCGUUACUGCGAUGGCGGAUCCUUCAUGGGUGAUUCAAUAUAUACAAACAGCUCCACAGUCCUCUACUUUAGUGGUCAGAGGAUAUGGGAUGCUAUCACUAAUCUGCUUGGGAAGGGACUGGUGAGAGCCGAAAAGGUUCUGCUCUCAGGUUGUUCAGCGGGAGGCCUAGCUACAUUCUUCCAAUGCGACAGCCUUAAGGAGCGGCUUGGAGGCACUGUCACGAGAGUUCAGAAGAAUUUGAACAUGGACUGCCUGAAUUCAACAGACAAUGCAUACCUGUGUUUCUUCCCACAGUUCGCACUUCCAAACAUCAGAACCCCGUUUUUCAUCUUGAAUUCAGCUUAUGAUGUAUAUCAGUUCCAUCACAUUUUGGUGCCCCCUUCAUCUGAUCCUAGGGGCCAUUGGAGCCACUGUAAGUCAGAUCCUGGUGCAUGCAACACAUCACAGAUAGCAACCCUCCAAGGACUGAGAAGUGCAAUGUUGUCAUCUUUGAAACAGUUUGAAAGCAAACCAAAGGCAGGGAUGUUCAUUAACUCCUGCUUUGAACAUUGCCAGAGUGAGCUGCAGGACACAUGGUUUGCACCAAAUUCUCCAUUGAUAGAUAACAAGGAAAUUGCAGAGGUGGUAGAUGAUUGGUACUUCGAAAGAGGUGCUGCCAUGGAGAUUGACUGCGCCUAUCCUUGUGAUUCAACUUGUCACAACCUUAUACCAUUUGAUCAGAGUGGUGUAGUGGCCAAAGACGACAACGACAAUGCAGGUUUCGGCAUCGGUAUAGCAACCGGAGACAACAUGACCCAACAAGAGAAUGCGAUGGCGAAGGGCCACAUAGGAAAGCCAGGCAGACACAUGGGCCAACCACGCUCGCGCCACCAUGCUAGAGAGCAUGCGGGCUAG